AUGGUGCUAUUUGUUGCUUUUGUGUUAGUGUUGCUGGUGCAGGUGGUGUGCAAAUCUCCGUCUGUUCAGUGCCCCACCAGUCACCCACUUCCUAUUGUUCACAAGUAUUAUCAGUCAGGAGACCUUCUCAUUGCUGGCAUUGUUUCUCAUGUGUUUAAGUUUUUCGAUACUGUCAACUUUGAAACGCGUCCCUCUCCCAGUUCCUCUGAUCCACUCAUCUAUUUUAGCCCAGGCUACACCUAUCAUGCUGCAAUGGAACUUCUCUCUACUAAGGGGAGGUUUAUUCCUAACUACAAGUGUGACAACCAGAACAACUUGGUAGCAGUAUUGGGGGGACCAAAGUCUAAUUUCUGCCUCUACAUGGCUGACAUUCUGUCCAUUUUCAAGAUUCCACAGCUGCCCUAUGGCUCUGCUCCAGUGAUGAACAACAAAAAUGAAGCUGCUUUCCUCUACAAGAUAUUUCCUAGUUGGACCAAUCAGUACAUGGGGAUUAUGAAAUUACUGCUUUAUUUCAGAUGGAUAUGGGUUGGGGUGAUCUACGUGGAUAAUGAACAUGGGCAGCAAUUUGUACAGGAGGUACUUUCUAGCUUUUCCGAGCACGGCAUCUGCUUUGAUUUCGUAGUAACUUUCCCAUCAAUGACUUUUUUUAGUUCUUUGUCUCAAAUGAAAGCUGGAAAUGAAGACACAUCGAGACUUGUCAUGGAAAGCACAGCCAAAGCAGUGGUGGUACAUGGUGAAAUUGAAACGGUGAUAAAUUUGCGGUUCUUGCUGAGGGCUGCAGAAUUUAAAGAGAUACCCAUGAGGACAAAAGCCAAAGUCUGGAUCCUGACAGCCCAGAUGGAUUUCACAUCAAUUGAACUUCAAAGACGUUGGGACCUAGACUUCAUCCAUGGUGCUUUAUCUUUUGCAGUUCACUCAAGAGAGGUGUUAGGAUUUGAUCAGUUUCUUCAGGCAAGGGAUCCUGCCUCUGAAAAAGGAGAUGACUUUAUGGGUGAUUUCUGGAAACAUGCAUUUGGCUGUUCACUCCCCAGUACCACAGAAGCCACGAAUGAUGAAGAAAUCUGCACUGGGAAGGAGAAGCUGGAGAGUCUUCCUGGGUCUGUCUUUGAAAUGAGCAUGACAGGCCACAGCUAUAGCAUCUACACUGCUGUCUAUGUGGUGGCACAUGCAUUACAUGCCAUGUAUUCGUCCAUGCUCAAACACAGAGCAGUAGCAGAUGGGAGAAAUAAGCUGCUGAGAAAACAGCCAUGGCAGUUCCAUGGAUUUUUGAAAAGAGUCUCAUUCAACAAUAGUGCUGGGGACCUAAUUUCUUUUGAUGAAAAUGUGGAGAUAGCAGCUGGAUUUGAUAUCAUCAACUGGAUCACGUUUCCUAAUGAGUCCUUUCUUAGAGCCAGAGUUGGAAGGAUUGACCCCAAAGCUCCCGAAGACAAAGUGUUCUCCAUUCAUGAAGAACAAAUCAUUUGGUCGCACAUGUUUAACCAGGUGCAGCCCCUUUCUCUGUGCAAUGACAGAUGCCAUUCAGGAUACAGGAAGAAAAAGAAGGAGGGGAAGCCAUUUUGCUGCUAUGAUUGCCGUCCAUGUCCAGAAGGGAAGAUUUCAAGCCUGGAGGAUACCAGUGACUGUUUUCGAUGCCCAGAAGAUCAAUAUCCAAAUACUAAUCAGGACUUAUGCCUGAAAAAACAUAUAAGUUUCCUGUCUUAUGAAGAACCUUUGGGGAUCAGUUUGGCCAGUUCUGCGUUUUCCUUCUCUUUUAUGGCAGCUUCGGUGCUCAUUAUCUUCAUGAAGAACCAGGACACUCCCAUAGUCAAAGCCAACAACCGGAAUCUCUCGUACAUUCUCCUCGUCUCCCUCCUGCUCUCCUUCCUUUGCACGUUUCUUUUUAUUGGGCGACCUAAGAAGCCGCCGUGUCUCCUUAGACAAAUUACUUUUGGCAUUAUCUUCUCAGUGGCCAUUUCUUGUGUGUUGGCCAAGACUGUCAUUGUGGUUUUAGCUUUCAUAGCCACCAAACCAGGGUCCAAGAUGAGAAACUGGGUGGGGAAACCACUGGCUUACUCCAUUGUUCUUUGUUGUUCUUUUAUUCAAACCACUAUUUGUACAGGUUGGUUAAUAACUUCUCCUCCAUUCCCAGAUUUUGAUAUGCACUCAUUGACUGAAGAAAUUAUUCUGAAGUGUAAUGAAGGGUCAGUUACCAUGUUUUACUGUGUCUUGGGCUACCUAGGCUUCCUGGCCACUGUGAGCUUCUCUGUAGCUUUCUUAGGUAGGAAGUUACCUGAUAGUUUUAAUGAAGCCAAGUUCAUCACCUUCAGCAUGCUGGUCUUUUGCAGUGUGUGGCUGACCUUUGUUCCAACCUAUCUGAGCACCAAAGGAAAAUACAUGGUGGCCGUGGAGGUCUUCUCUAUCUUAGCCUCCAGUGUUGGGUUGCUGGGUUGCAUAUUUUUCCCUAAAUUGUAUAUUAUUGUUAUGAGGCCUGAAUUGAACACCAAGGGUCAGAUUACAAGAAAACUAAAUGAAAGAAUUUAA